AUGAACUCAGCCAACUACGUGGCAGAAUUCAUCUCUGAAGAUACUUGGACCGAACCACGAGAAUUAGAAGAAGAAAUUCAACUUGCACCAGCCAAGUUGAGCAAAUCCCCUCUAGAAGUUCAAGACCCUCUCGAGGAAAUCAAUUUAGGCAUUGAGGAUGAUCCAAGGCCAACAUUCAUAAGUGGCCUUUUGGAUCAAUCUAUAAGAGAAGAACUGAUUGCCUUGUUGCAAGAAUUCAAGGAUUGUUUUUCUUGGCAUUACCACGAAAUUAAAGGAUGUCUGUCAAGACCGAAUUAA